AUGGCCUCCCUAGACGCAAUUCCAAAAGGAUCUUGGAUCCUCGUCACCGGCGCAAAUGGCUAUAUCGGCUCGCAGAUUGUAAACACCCUUCUCGAGCUGGGAUAUAAAGUCCGUGGAAGUGUUCGCUCGCCCAAGCCGUGGUUGGAGGAGUUCUUUACCCAGAAAUUCGGACAGGGGGUGUAUGAGAAUGUCAUUGUGGAGAGUUUUGACAAUUUCGAUGCUAUUGUUGCUGCUGUAAAGGGUGUUUCUGGGGUUGUUCAUGUGGCAUCGGAUCUUACAUUCGGCGAUGACCCUGAAGCUGUCAUUCCGUGGGUUGUAAAGGCCACGCAGAAUGUGCUCGCAGCAGCAGCACAGAAUGACAGUGUGCAACGCGUCGUCUUGACCUCGUCUUCUGCUGCCCUUAUCAACCAAAGGCCAAACACGCCUGGUGUUGUUGACGAGCAAACCUGGAACGACGAAGCCGUCAAACUAGCCUGGGAUCCCAACACCCCCAACAAGAAUGGUUUCGUAUAUUCAGCCUCCAAGGUCCAGGGCGAAAAGGCUGCAUGGGAAUUCGUGAAUGAGCAUAAACCGUCUUUUGUGUUUAACUCUGUCUUGCCUAACUUCAAUGUCGGCGAGAUUCUCCACCCAGAAAUCCGCGGCUCAAGCAUGGCCUGGAUACGAGGUCUUCUCAGUGGUGAUACGUCCCUGUCUACAAUCUUACCCCAAAACUACGUCGACGUACGCGACACCGCCCGCCUCCACGCAAUCGCCCUCCUUGCACCAGACGUUAUCUCCCAGCGUCUCAUUGCGAUGGCUGGUAGUUUCAACAUGACGGAUGUCAUCCUCGCAUUCAAGGAAUUAAGACCCGACAAUACGUCCAUCCCGGCCCCUCCGGCUGAGGAAGGGCAAGACCUGACAGAGGUCCUUCCUGCGCCCAAGGCGGAGGCAUUGUUGAAGAGGUAUUUUGGUCAGAAGGGAUGGACGCCGUUGAGGGAUGGUUUGGAGGCUGGGAUUCGGGGUCUGUAG